UCCUCUUACGCGCAGUAGUUUUUUUUAAAAAAAAGCACAAUGGAAUUCUAUGAAUCUACCUAUUUCAUCGUCCUUGUCCCCUCGGUCGUGAUCGCAGUCAUCUUCCUCUUUUUCUGGCUUUUUAUGAAGGAAACACUGUACGACGAAGCCCUCGCCAAACAGAAGAGGGACCAGAAAUUCCCUCCUGCCAAGACUGAUAAAAAGAAAGCCGAGAAGAAGAAGAGCAAGAAGAAAGAGGCUCAGAAUGGGAACCUUCACGAGUCCGACUCAGAGAGCACCCCUCGAGACUUUAAACUCUCUGAUGCUUUGGGGGCCGAAGAGGAGCACAUCCUUCCCGUCGCUUUGGGUGUGGCAGAAACUGCUGGCAACCUCCGGGAGCGCAAAAAAAAGGAGAAGAAGCACAAGGGUAGUCCAGAGGAGCAUGCUGUGAAAGAGCCAGAAGGAUCCAAAUCUACAGGGAAGAAGGUGGAGCCCAUGCCCAUUACGAAACAGCCGACCCCACCUUCAGAGGCCAUUACGUCCAAGAAGAAAGCUGGGCCGAAGAAGCAGAAAAAUGGAACAGAUGACCAGGAUGCCAAGAAUGAUUCGUUUCUGUCCCCAGCAAAGAAGCAGGACUCUCUUCUCCAUCAUGAGAUAAAGCAAGAAAGUGGGUCAGGAAAGAAGAAGGUUUCUGCAAAGAAACAAAAAACAGAUAAUGUUAUGACAUUAGUGGAUGAGCCUUUGAUCCAUGCAACAACGUACAUUCCCCUCAUGGAUAACACUGACCAGAACCCAGCUGUGGAAAAGAGAGAAGCAGUUGACGUGAUCAAACAAGAUGGGAUCGAAGGACUGCAGAAAAGCAACACAAAGAAACUGAAGAAUGAGACGGAUAAAGAAAACGCCGAAGUGAAAUUUAAGGACUUCCUCGUGGCAAUGAAGAGCAUGAUCUUCACCGAAGAGGAGGCACUGAGUGUGGUGGAGCUGCUGAAAGAGAAAUCCAAUGUGAUACAGGGGGUUUUGCAGAAAGCUAGUAAGGGUGAUUCAGCAACAGCUGCCCAUCAGCUGCAAGAAAAGGAAAAGCUACUUGCCACAAUGAAGGAAGAAGCUACUAUUGCAAAGGAACAGUGCAAACAGCUCUCACAGGAGUUAGUUUCAGAGAAGGAAAGAAACAACUUGGUAGUGUCUAAGAUGAGAGAGAGAAUCGCCACCCUGGAAAAAGAGCAUGGAGUAUUUCAAAACAAAAUCCACGGAGGUUACCAAGAAAGCCAACAAAUGAAGAUGAAGUUUCAGCAGCUUCGUGAACAGAUGGAGGCAGAGAUCAAUCGGCUGAAGCAAGAGAAUAGUAUCCUGAGAGAUGCUGUCAGUACUUCCACCAACCAAAUGGAAAGCAAACAGUCUUCGGAACUCAACAAACUACGGCAGGAUUGCGCUAGACUUGUGAACGAGCUGACGGAAAAGAACAACAAAUUGCAGCAAGAAGAACUGCUGAAGAAGAAUGCAGAGCAAGCAGCUGCUCAGCUAAAGGCCCAGCAACAGGAAGCAGAGCGAAGAUGGGAGGAAAUGCAGAGCUAUCUCAGGAAGAGGACAGCAGAGCAUGAGGCGAUCCAGCAAGAUAUCCAGAACAAGCUCGUGGCCAAAGAUAACGAAAUCCAGAGCCUUCACAGCAAGUUUACUGAUACAAUUGUCUCGAGACAACAGCUGGAGCAAAGGAUGAUGCAACUAAUGGACGAAGAACAAAAGAGAGCCACGGCUGAAGACUCGUUCCAGAGACAGGUGAAGUGCUGGAUCCUGCCCUCUUCAUGCAGAGAAACCCUGAUCAGUCCUUUUGCGAUGGACGUAAGGGCAGUUUCUGCCGAUCUUUUGUCAAAGGUGGUGGCUCACAGGUGUCCACUGGGCCUUCUGUGUUUCAGAAUUGCAGAAAAAGAGAAGCAGAUCAGCCAAGCUGAGGAGUCACUAAACAACGAACACAAGAAGCUAGCAAGCAAGGAAGAAGAUCUCAUGGUUUUACAGAACAUCAACAUGUCCCUGAAGGCGGAAGUGCAGAAGUUGCAGGCGCUCACGAAUGAGCAGGCUGCUGCUGCGCAUGAGCUGGAAAGGAUGCAGAAAAGUUCACAGGUCAAAGAUGACAAACUCAGAGCCCUGGAGGAGCAGUUGCAAGAACAUCUGGCCAAAGCUUCAAACACCAAGGAGGAACUUCAGGUUCUAAAGGAUCAGAACAAAACUUUGGAGUUGGAAAUUCAGCAGCUGCAGGCGCUCUUGUCCGAGCAGGUUAAUAAGGAAGUGUUGGAGCAAAUGGAAAGAAGCAUUACGGAGAAGGACGGCAAAAUAAAAGAGGUUGAAGAACUCCUUGAAACUGGGCUUAUUGAAACAGUAAACAAGGCAGAAGAAUUAAAGGUAUUGAAAACAGAGAACACCGCCUUGAAAAAAGAAGUUGAAAAUCUUCAGAAGGUGCAAACAGAACAGGUUUCCUUUGCAUCUUUGGUGGAAGAAUUGCAAAAAGUAAUUAGUGAAAAAGACGGGAAGAUCAAGUCGGUGGAAGAGCUGCUUCAAGCCGAAGUGCUGAAAGUUGCAACCAAGGAGAAAACGGUCAUGGCUUUGACACAGGAAAUAGAGGCUCUGAAAGAAGAAGUAGGAAAGGCCCACCUUGAGAAGGAGGCACAGAUAUCAGUUGCACAAGAGAUCAAAGAACUUCAGAAUCUACUGAUGGGGAAAGAGGAGCAGGUGAGAAGGCUGGAGACCGCGCUGAGAGAAAAAGAGAGCGAGAUGGCAAAGAAAGGAGAGUGGUUUCAGGGUCAACAAGACACGUUGCAGCGCUUGAACACCAGAGUCAAGGAGCUUGAGCAGCUGAACGCGGAGCAGGUUUCUCUUGCUUCGUCAGUCAAGGACCUUGAGGCUUUAUUGAAAGAGAAGCAAGAAGAAGUUCAGAAGAUGGAGGCCUUAUUAGACGAGAGGGGGAAGGAGGUUUCCCACCAAAGGAGGGAGUUGCAGACUGUACAGGAGGAGAAUCAGUCAUUAAGAGCACAAAUUCAAGAAAGAAAGCAAGAGAACAGUGAACAGGUAUGUCGCUUGCUUGCUGAUUUUCAGGUGCUCAUUGCGGGAAAAGAGCAAGAGAUGGCUGGUCUCCAAAAGGAGUUGGAGUCGUUGAAACAUGCAGUGGAACAGCAGAGGCAAAAAAACAAUGACCUUCGGGAGAAAAACUGGAAAGCAAUGGAAGCAUUGGCCUCAACUGAAAAAUUGCUGCAGGACAAAGUGAACAAGACCGCCAAGGAGAAAGAGCAGUACGUGGAGGCUGCUGAAGCCGAGAUGAGAGGGGUUUUGCAGAAGCUGUUCCCUGCAGUGUCUCUUCCUUCCACCUUGAGUCACAGUGAAUGGAUGCGUGGCUUUGAACAGGUACUAAGGAAGCAUGCAAGAGAGACGUCUCAAUCAGAUGAAGUUAAGGCCAUGGAGCAGAAGUUGAAAGAGGCAGAUGAGUUGCACGUCAUGUUGCAGCAGGAGUGUGAGAAAUACAAAGUGGUUCUCGCAGAGACGGAGGGAAUCCUGCAGCGACUACAAAGGAGCGUAGAAGAAGAGGAGAGCAAAUGGAAGAUAAAAAUUCAAGACUCACAGAAGGAACUCCAAGAGAUGCGUUCAUCCGCCACUGUUUUGGAGCAGGAAGUAGAAAGACUAAGAGAAGACAUCAAAGAAGUUGAUUCUCUUAAAAAGGAGCGGGAGCACCUGGAACAGGAACUAGAGAAGGCAGAAAUAGAGCGAUCCACAUAUGUUUCAGAAGUCCGAGAGCUCAAAGAUCUGUUGACUGAGUUGCAGAAAAAGCUUGAUGACUCAUAUUCUGAAGCAGUGAGGCAGAAUGAAGAGUUAAAUUUGUUGAAAACCCAGUUGAACGAGACGUUAUCCAAACUCACGUUAGAUCAGAACGAGAGGCAGAAAUUAGCGGUCGAUUUGCCGAAGGCCCAGGAAUCGCUGGUGACGUUAGAAAGGGAAGUAGGAAAAGCUGCAGGGGACAUGCAUGUGAUAGAGAACAGCGACAUCUCGGGAGGCCCCGAUAAAAAUCUCAACGUAGCUGUGAAUCUCAGUCAGGACAUCGCCCAUCUCAAGAAGCUGGUGGCAUCUGUCAGCCAAAUGCUCACAAAGGGGAAAGAACACUACCAGCUACUAGACUACUGAUUUAAACAAGAUGACGAAGAAGAAGACUCUGCAGCCACCUCCAGAGUUUAGUUUUAUAAUGAAUAAAUAAAUAAAAAAACAGUUUGGAUAAUUAGAGCUUCACAUUCCAGGAGCUACAGUAAACAUGUAACCUUUUAUCUUUACUAUGCUCAGUCAAACCUGUUCAGGUACCCACACGCACCUGAUGGUGGUAACAGCAGCAGCGAACAAUAACCUUUUAAUCCCGGUGGUCUUACGUGCUGUUUUACUUAGAGACACCUUGGGGCAUAGUCAUCUCUAUGAUUUCCACCUUCCAAGUCAACACUCCUUCACCUCCUCUUCUCUCUUUUCUUUCUUUGGUUCUUUUCUCUUCCUUCCUUCCUUUUCUUUUGGUUGCUAAUGUAAUCAGUUUUUGUAAUGGUGUCGGCGAAUAAAGGGAUGCUUAUUACUCAAAA